CUCCAAGGAAGCGGUUAGUGGCUACUUGAUAUGUGGGGAUGGCUCCGUGGGUGUCGAUGGUGAUAGUCUCACUGGCAUGGGCGUAUAAUCGAUACCAGCCGUGUUGCCAAUCCACCGCCCGUCGAUCAUCCGACCUCCCCUGGACCCCCUCCUUCCCUUUGUGGUUCUCCCCUUCCCAUAUAAAUUCCACCCCGAAUCUCCUUUGCAUUUCUUUCUAUCCAUCUUCCCACUACUUCUCAUCCAGCACCCAUGCCAGUCACGCUCAAAACUUCCAAUGUCUCUCCAGAGCGUUGGGCCGCCACCAAAGCGGCCAACGCCGAGGAGAUGUUCCAACAAGCAUGUCCCAAGCUCUUCGAACAGAGUGCCGGGGUCCUGCAGAGCUCAUUCCCCGAGCCAUCCCGUCAUAUUACCCCAGAUGAGAACGGGUUCAUUCGCGCCGUGUGGAAGGCCUAUUCCCAUCACCAUCAUCUAGUCCUACGACCCGAUGACAUUUGGUGCGCCAUCCUAGUGCAACUAAGUUUCUACAUCAACGCCCAUGCCGAAGACCUUCGUUCGCAGUUCGUCACGCACCAAGGCCAAAAAGAACUGGAGGUCAGAGCCGGAGGGUCCAUCCACACUGUCAAUGUGGGAUUACUGGCGAUCCAAAUGACCAACUUGAUCAAAGAAAGCAUCGUGGACCCGGAGCUACAUGCCUGGAUCAUGCCCUCCUUCACCACGACCACGCAAUCCGAUGAGAUCGUGGCCGCCGUCCUGAUGAUGGGCACGUUCCAGAAAUACUUCUCCUACACCAUGUGUUUGCUGUGUGGCAUCCCAACAGUGACCUUACUGGGCGAGCGGGAGGACUGGGUCACGCUGCGGGCGAAACUCGAGAGACUCCCAUCGUUAGGCACCGAGCCGGCACGCUUCGCAAGCCUCCUUGAGCCUAUUCUGGAGAAUUUCGUGGCGUCGUUCGAUCAACCGGACUCUCCGGAGCUCGGCAAAUUCUGGAACAGCUGCGUGCAUCAUGAAUUCGGCAGUGGUUCAAGCACUCUCUCCGGGUGGAUUACCGCGUUUUGCUUCUGGAAUGAAGAUGGUGAACCUCGUCAAGAGUCCGAUGGGCUGGAUGGGGAAUAUAUAUCGAUUGACACGGACAGAAUCCCAAGCGGUAUGGUCAGUGUUCCCGUCAACCUCAUUGACAAUUGUGUCUCGAUGCGUACUCGGAUGGUGGCGGGCUCGGUGGGAAUCGAAGCGACGGACUCGAACUCGAACCAAUCUCGGGACUCCAUUCAGCCCUACUCGGGAUGGUGGAUGUUCAAAGAAAAGGAUGGUGAACAAUGAGGAUUCAUAGGAUGGUGAAAUGGGACUAUACGUAUGAUGUACUUCCUGGUGCUCACACGAGCUUGAAACAUGGUCACCAAGUUGAAAGUAUUAUUCAUGUCGGAUGAAUCGACGAGCAGUGCUUCUCAUUCUAUCCUUGUUCUGUUCCAUACUGCUCUGGAAUGAAGUUGAAGGCACUGAGCCACGGCCGUACUAGCUAGAAUUAGGGACAAUAGCACUUUAAAACGUAGUAUAGGACUUGUUCCCUCAGACACA